CAUUAAUAGUGAGCACACCGGCCCCGCCCUUCGCCUCUCGGGGCACCGCCCGCUCGCGCAGACCCAGAGCGCGGCCACGGAUGAAGAUGGCGACUGCCAUGUACUUGGAACACUACCUGGACAGCAUUGAGAACCUUCCCUGUGAACUUCAGAGAAACUUCCAGCUCAUGCGAGAGCUGGACCAGAGGACAGAAGAUAAGAAAGCGGAGAUCGACAUGCUGGCUGCAGAGUACAUCUCCACGGUGAAGGCCCUUUCUCCAGGCCAGCGUGUGGAGCAGCUGCGGAAGAUCCAGGACGCCUACAGCAGGUGCAGGGAGUACAGCGACGACAAGGUGCAGCUGGCCAUGCAGACCUAUGAGAUGGUGGAUAAACACAUCCGAAGGCUGGACGCAGACCUGGCGCGCUUCGAGGCGGAUCUGAAGGACAAGCUGGAGGGCAGCGACUGUGAAGGCUCCGGGGGCCGAGGGCUGAAAAAAGGUCGAGGUCAGAAGGAAAAAAGAGGCUCGCGGGGUCGUGGCAGGAGGACCUCAGAAGAAGACACCCCCAAGAAGAAGAAGCAUAAAGGAGGGUGCUGCUCACUGCUGUUGUUUCCCCACAGGUCUGAGUUCAGUGACACCAUCCUGUCUGUGCAUCCGUCUGAUGUGCUGGACAUGCCCGUAGACCCAAACGAGCCCACCUACUGCCUGUGCCACCAAGUGUCCUAUGGGGAGAUGAUAGGCUGUGACAAUCCGGACUGUCCCAUCGAGUGGUUUCACUUCGCCUGUGUGGACCUGACUACGAAGCCCAAAGGGAAAUGCACACAGGGAAAUCCAGCCAGUUGAUGAAGAGGAUGCCUGUGCGUGAAAUCCGCCUUUCUCAUUGAUCCGUAUCUACCAGCUUUUAAACAGGUGUGCUGGGUAGAGCACCUGCGUGGGUUGCCACAGGGCCGCUGUGUGCUCUCGGCCCGAGGGCUCUCCUCCGGCUGUUCUGUCUGCGGGCAGCUAUCCUGGGAGACCCCGGGGGCGGGGACGGGCCUCCCGCGGGCAGCGGCUGAUCGCUGUGCCUCUCCCAUCCAGGUUCUGUCCCCGGUGUGUCCAGGAAAGGAGGAAGAAGAAGUGAGGAGGGGCUGACCAGGACCAGAAGAGCAAGUCAAUGUGUUCCUUCCUUCGUUCGUGUUGCAAUAUUUUACCUUCGUUUUUAAAAUUACCUUCUUUUGAACGACAUUUAAUAACUCAGUGGCCAGGUGUGAUUCUGAAUGUUUCCUAAAACAUGCGAGUCCACCUGAGCCAUGUGUGCACUGAGGAGCGCGUUUACAGGAACUUGCCACGUGACCGUGCUCCCGUGCCUUCCUGUACAGACCCCAGCGCCGAGCACAGCAGUCAUGCCAAGCAGCCACUUCCUGGGUAUGUGUGGUGCAGAGCAUUUCCUGGGUAUGGGACAGGGCGAAUAUCCCACUGGAAACUGCCAUCACUGCAGCUAGAGGAGGGAGCCUCGCUGGGAGCACCCGGGCCUGCAGCACCACCGCGGCACAAUGUGCCAUGUGAGGGGCCAGUGAAGGAAUCUGGCAUGGCGUUGCUGGGACGCGUCUCCCAGCUCUGCAUGGAAGCCAAUGAUCUCCUGGGAAGGACCGGGCUCUCCCUGGAGUGGGGGGCCCUGCUUGGCUGUGCACUGCCUUUGCCGUCCAGACUCCCAGUCCCCUCCGUGUGGGUUCACCUUCUGGAGUAAACGGCUCUUUAUUAGCAAAUGGGCUGUCGGUUACCAUGACCAGUGCCCAUAAGAGACAGUGUAACCAGCGGGCUGUCUUUCUGUGUCUCGGGGAAUUCUGACACUUUUACUGUGAAGACGAAGUUAUUGUAAUAGCAUGAAGGUAGCAGGUCUGUGUGCAUGUGGAGUGCGUCCAGUCUACUAGAAGCUGUAUGCCUGUCAUGCUACUGACUAGGUAUAACUUGUAUCCCUAGGGAUUACAGUCGUGUCUUGUGAUUUGUGAAUUUCUCAUGCCACAGAGCAGCUCUGGAGUGAAGCUAGGACUGGGGAAUUCUUUCUGUUUAAUCAGCAUUCACCAAACCGAUUUUGAACUGUCGGGUCAUGUCGGGGGAAAUUGCAUGCGCAUGGUGUGUUGAGAUCCAUUUGCGACAGUACAUGAGGUGUGACUUCUGGGCACCUCCUUGCACUCUGACUCCACAGCAGCAGUUAGAGAGAUCAGGGUUCCUGAGACCCCGUUUCCUUCUCAUGGCCCAGUUUCGUUGGUAUUUUCCUCCCAUUUGCUACUAUUUUACCAAGGAGAGGAAAUAAAGCUGGAAGGAGCUUGAAGCUGUACCCUUGAUGGGCCGCUCCCCACCAAGCAGGCUACCGUUUGGCACAUGAGAUGAGAGCGGUGCAUCAGGGACUCCGCGGUCUGGCUGGAGCCAUCUGUGGUCUGGUGGCCUCUGCUGUCUUUUCUGGAGCAGGCUGAGGGAGCAGGACUUGCCCGUGGGCGGCUGAGGCAGGGUCAGUGCGGCAGGCGCCAGCCUUCCAUGGGAUGGGGUGCCUGGGGUGGGGGCUCUUUAGUGGCCGUGGUGUGUCCCUGUGGGCCCCGGGCCUGAUGAGCCUCCUUGGAACUGACGCCUCCCUACUGCUCAGGAAGAGGGGUCGGGGCAUCAGAGCGGCUCCGGCCAGCACACACCCAGGUCUCAACCAUGGCCGGGAAACGAGGCAUGUUUGUAUUUAGCAACUUAGCUUUUUGUUAACAUGGGUGUUUUAAAGAUUGCGGGGAGUAAAUUGUGGAAAGUUUUUUUCUUUACUCUUUUACCAGUUUUGUGGGAAAGAUAGGUAAGUACAAUAAGCCUGUGAUGGUUCUUUAGAAGCUGAAUUAAUAUGUGCACUUCAUCUGUGAACACUUCAUGUGGUCGUCUUCUGGGAAAACUAGUGUUUGCAGAUGUAGGUGGAUGGCCAGUUAAGUUUCAGUUGUCACAUGAUUUCCCAGGAAAGAUGACCAACUUUCCUGUCUUCAGCUUCUGUUUAAAGUCUGAUGGUGUCACCCUGCUCGUUCUGUGUAGCGUCCCAUGUGACAUCCCAUGGGUCACCUUUUUUUCCUUAAGUGUCUCUGCUUAUCUGUUUCUAGUGUUUACUUUGCCACUUAAAAUAAUUAUCACCGAAAUAAUAUGCAUAUAGCUUUGGGGAAAACAGAAAACAUGAGCAGAAAGGAGGGUUCCCUGGGACAUUGUUUGGGUCCUGACUGGGUGCCUUUCCCCAGCUGUCACGCUGUGAGUCGGAAGGACUCCAGAAUGGCCGUCUGGCUGGGAAAGGUCAUGCCACCUGGCCUGGCCCAGUCCUGUGGGGACGGCUGGAGCCAGUGCUGCUUGCACCGUCUGAGGAUCGCUACCCCAGGCCUGGCCGCCUUUGUCCUGAGGGUGACUCAGACCAGAACACCCGUCGGUGCCUGUCCAGCAUGGGCUCUGACCCUGGAGGUGGCUACGGAGCCAGCCCCAUCCCCGCUUGAGGGGGUCUGGGCUGGGCCCAGCAGGUCGCUCUUCAUCCGCACAUGAGCCGAGGGCGUGGCCCUCCGUGGCCGUGGGGCUUCUGUGUCGGGGGAGCAGGACCCUGUUCCGAGGAGCAGCACUUGCUUCGGUGCUGUGUUGGCACCGAUUAGACAGCCCCCUCUGCUUGUCUCAUGGGGAAACGGCUGCACUAGUGGGACGCUUAACCGGAGCGCACGGCUGUCUAUGGCUGUGCUGGUGCGGCCUGUGUGACUGUACCCCUGCAGGCUGGAGCCCCUGGGCAGGUGGCCAUGGAACCAGUACUGGCCAGGGCCACAGGAGCCAGGCAGCUGUCAGGCUGCCUGGGCAGCAAAUGCCCAAGACACAGCCGUGUGUGCCAGUAAUGGUGGGGGUUUGCUGGGAUGCAUGGGCACGGUGGCUGGCUGUGUGUCAGUCUUGUCCCCAGUGGCCACUCUGCACUCUGACUCCUGACCUGUUAUUGGCAGCUGUUGGCUAAGAGCAAUAACACUGUCCCAAGAGCAGCUUCCC